AGUAGAAGCUUAUGGUGAGAAAAUGAAGAGGCUUUGCUCUAAUUUCUUCCGUGAUGUGCAAUGUCCAGAAAGAGAUGUCAGGAGAGUCGACCCUGAAUUGGAUUUAGAAGGAGAUGCUUCCGCCAGUGGCAGUGCUAAUUUAAUGAAAAGUGUUGAAAAUGAGCCUGGGAUGAGUAUCCCAAGCCAAUUGCAGGUGGCCUACCCCAUAGAGAAUUAUGCGGGUCAUGAAUUGAGUGAAUCUGAUCCUUUUAUAUUUGACCCCCAGUUGGAUCCUCAGAGAAGUAUCCCAGUAGUAGAAAGUAACAAUGAACAUGUCCAGAUGAUCACAGAACAAUUCCAGGUGACCUGCCAUUUGGAACCUUUUCAGGAACCAAUUGAACCUCAAACUUCUAAUUGCUCUUCACAGAAUUCGAUUGAGGUGCCGGCGUCUUCCUCAGAUGUGGGGCCAUCAGAUGAACCCACUUCUUUGGAUAGUAUAAAGAACCGAGGACAUAUACUGGAUGAUCCUAUUCAGGAACCUGAACAAAGUGAACCUCAAGCUGCAAAUCCCUACUCUCAGAAUUUGAUUGAGGGGCUGGAGUCUUCCUCAGAUUUGGGACAACUGGACAACCUAACUGCGCUUGAUAGUGUGAAGAACCAACUGGGACAUGCAUUCAGCGACCCUAGUCAGGAGCCAACUGGAUCUCAAACGUCUGAUCCAUCUUCUCCAGAUUUGUUUGAGGUACCUGAGUCUUCUUCAGAAUUAAAAUUUCUGGACACAACCCUUGCUUUUGAUAGUGUGAAGAACCUACCAGGACAUUUAUGUAAUGACUCUAGCCGGGAAAAAAUUGAGCCUCGAACUCGUAAUCCCUCUUCUAAGAAUUCAGUUAAGGUGCCAGAGUCCUUGGAUAUGGUACUACUGGAAGAACCAACUGCUUUCAGUGCUGUGAAGAAUCAACAAAUUUAUAUAACCGACUCCCCAAGGGCUCCAGUUUCUGUGCAUUUACUUGAGGGUGGACAGUGCAUAUCAUCUUUAGUGCGUACAGAUGGUGCCUUGACUGAGGAAAAGGCUGCCAAGUUUUGGAAGGAAAAUGCCAGGCAUGGGAAGUCAUCUACACCUGAGGUGUACUUAAUCUCUUCCGUUGAAAAGGAUUUAUGUGAAGCUGAUUUUCUGUCCAUUCAUCGCCCUAGCGACAACAAUGCAAACACUGCGAGUUUAGCCCCGAACAAGCUUUCACCUGCAGAUUCAGUUCAUGCUGAGGAGGACCUUGUCCCUUCUGACAAAUUCACAGUUGAAACUGUGUGCAGCAUUGGUGCUUCAAAUACGAUCACUUCAUCGGAUAUGUCUUCACCAGUUGUAUCUCAUGAGGAAGAGGCGAAGACAAUGGAUCUUGAAAGCUUAAGCAAUCCAGUGGAAGUUGAAUCUUAUGAGUCAGAGAUCUUGCCUGAAGUUUCCUUUCAAAGAGGGAGCUCUUGUGAUGAUGAAGUUGGUAUUGUGAGGUGUGUACCUCGCAGUUCCAGCUUUACCCCAUUUGCCCUCUCAGGUGGAAGCGUGGAAAAUGCCUCUGGGUUUAGUGACACUACUUCUUUGACUGAAGCCUACCAAAAAGAGCACAUUCAGUGCAACGAGUCUGCUGAAUUUCAUGAUCUCUCGUUCUCUUCAGAUAAGGAUGAGGAAGCGAAGCUUGGGGAGAGUUGUGUUGCUUUAGAUUCUCGUGAACUAUAUGCUCUGUCUCUUAGGAUCCAACGAACCAGAUCAUUCAAGAAGAAGAUCAUGGAUACCUUUGCUCCAAGACACAGGACGGUAAAGGAAUAUGAACAGCUUGGAAUAUGGUAUGAAGACAGUCAAAUUGAGAGCGAGUGUAACCGGCGCAUAGAACAUACUACUCCACAACCUGCAAUCUCCGCCUUUUCGGACCCUCAGAGUUCGCAAGAACAUCAAAUUGACUCUGAUUGGGAACUAUUAUAGGUCAUACCUAUACUUCCUUAGGUAAACUGCAUUAGAAAGGUAAACCCGGCUUUUUUGACCAUAAGGAUGAAUUAGUUGAGGAUGAUCCAAUGUGACAUUAAUAAGAAUGAUUGCCAGGAGGUUUUGUCGAGAUGUGGAGAUGAAAAAUAAAAUGUAGUCUGAAAGAAGACAGGUUCUCACAGGAAUGAUGUACUCUAAGCAGAGGUAUCUUUUGUUUUUCC